CUGUCAUGUCACUUGUUCAUUCAUUGCUCCGAGUCUGACUUUUGCGUUCAAUAAAAUUGAUAACUACUAAUGGGCUAGGUUUAAUAGCAUAAAUUGUAUUCACAACUCUGUCUAAAAGUCACGAUUAGAAAGAAAUAAAACUUCACCUAAUGAAAUUCCCCUAGCAUGCAGGCAUUUCAACAUCUCUUCAUGUCAUUAGAUUCAAAUUCCGAAUCAUCUUUGACUUGUCACAGGGUGAACUUGUAAAAUUUUAGAUUUAAAUACACAAGUUUUGUUUAAAGUGUGAUUAUUGUAUUAAAUAUAUAUAGGGUUAGUCAGUGGAGGUAGUAUCUACGAAUACUUCUAUUAUAUCAAUAAUACUGAAUGUAUAAACCUUAUUUUAUUUAAAGUAAGCAAACAUGAACGCAAAUAAUGCUCGAAGACGAAAUUCACGCGCAAGAAACUCUCAAGAUUCAACAACUAGUUUGAAAACCAGUGCUGAUGACUUGUCCACAUCCAAGGCUUUGAUAUUAGUUGGAAUAAUAUUUGUAUCAUCCCUGUUAGCUUUGGGGCUGCUAUACAAACAGUUUCCAGAUCUAGAAGAGCACGAAAAACAACACUUGCAUUUACCAUGGGACCUUGAAGAUGCUAAACACUUAGGUUUAGUACUAGACCGAUAUAAGGAAAAGUAUUUUUACGAAGUAUUAUUUGGAGUGUUCUUAGUUUACAUAUUUUUGCAAACAUUUGCAAUACCUGGAUCAAUUUUUUUAAGUAUUCUUUCAGGUUUUUUGUUCCCUUUCUAUCUAGCAUUACUUUUAGUAUGCUGCUGUUCUGCAAUAGGUGCAAGUUUAUGUUUCUUCUUGUCUAAUCUUCUUGGUAAGAAGUUAGUGAAGAAAUUUUUCCCAGAAAAAGCUGAACAAUGGGCCAUAGCAGUGACCAAGCACAAAAAUAAUCUGCUCAACUACAUGAUAUUUUUGAGGGUGACACCCUUUUUACCUAAUUGGUUUAUUAAUAUGUCUGCACCUGUGAUAGGUGUGCCUUUGAUACCAUUUGCUUUGGGAACAUUCAUAGGAGUAGCUCCUCCAUCAUUUGUGGCUAUCAAAGCUGGUCAAACUCUACACACAUUGACAUCAACAAGUGAUGCAUGGUCAUGGACCUCAGUGACAGUACUAAGUGUAUUUGCACUCAUCUCUCUAGUACCAGUAUUCCUCAAAGACAAGUUGAAAGAAAAGUUUGAAUGAAAGCAUUUAGUUGAUUUUUAGUUAAUUUUAUUUAUUUUAUAAUUUAAUAAAUUGGUGUUUUGCACAUUCC